UAAUCAGCCACACCUCUAAAAGGCGGGGCUGCGCUGCUGGGCAUGGCAAAAAGAUGGCGGUCAAGUAUCAUUUUAUUUUCCUGUUUCUGGCCCUCCUGUUCUCUUUAUACUACCUCUACACUCCGUGGCUACUAUUUCCCCUAUUUCUUCUUCUCUCUAUAAUUUUUGGCGGCUCUCUGGCUUUGUUUAAAGGGAGCUAUGAGCUUAGAAGAUCAGAAACUCAACCCCGCCCUCCUAAACCCAUUCCACACCCUUUCCUCUACCACCUUAAAGUAUACCCACCUAAAACACUUCUACCCACACUCGUCUCUGCUAAUAUCGAUGAUCGGAUACACCGUGUCAUAGAUCUAGUCCUACUACACCACGUGCGACCAUUUUAUUCGAUCGUUGCGCCAAAUGAGAAAAAGUUCUUCAACAGCCUUACCCCUGAGGUCUGGAAGGUUCUUCAAGUUCUACUCAAGCGUAUUUCUCAAGUUGACACCCUGAAGCUGAUAUCUCACGACUCUAUAGAAGUACUACGGCAACACUUUCUCUCGUUUCGUGGUUUCUCUGGAUCAGGGAGUGGGGCUAGGCCAGGCUCUGCCAGUGCUCGUAGUUUCCCUAACCUUCGCUCAUUUCCUUAUCUUGAAAACGAAGAGAAAGAGAUAGAGUUUCUUCGAAAAGCCAUCGACGUCCUUUUAUGUGUGUGUCUCGAUCGGGAGUACCUAGAGUGCACUCCAAUUAGAAUAAUUAUUCGCGAAUUCCUCGUAUGUAAUAUAGUCCAUCCAAUGAUUGAGAGGAUUUGUGAACCCGACUACAUCAACCAGAAACUCCUACGCUAUCUUGUACAGAGGGAAGAACUCACGAAAGUCUCCCAAAAACGUUAUGCACAUUCGGAGACGUACGAAGAUUUUAUGCAGCAUAUCAAGAAAUGCGAUGACAUCAAUGAGCUGACUCACAUCAGAUCAUCAAUCAUCACCGAUAUAAUGCAGGCUAAAGCCGUGCAGCGUAUGAAAGAAGCUAGUUCGACUGGUCUGAGGGUUUCAAGUCUUCCUGUUGCCGUCUCGGCCGAUAAAGCAAAGUCCCUAAUGGAGAGAGAUCUCAGAUUGUACAUAACACAAUUAACGACUGCCAAAGGAGCCUGUGAGAGACGAAUCAGAGCUCUGGGCGGUGAAGACUAUCAGCAAGACCAGGUCGAAACGGAGCAGGUCAAACCCGAUUUCCCACGCCCUAUUCCGUUUGAGACCAUCAUGAAAAGUGAGAAGUGUCUGGAUUAUUUUGAACGCUUUCUCAACAAGUGUAACUACGGUAAUCGACUGGCUUUUAUGAGAGAAACUAGAGGCUUAUUAAAGACAGGGCCAGGUAGCAGCACCGUCAGUCUUCAGUCAAUAAAGAAUAUUUAUGCUAAGUAUUUAGCUUUAGGAGCAGAAUGCCCUAUCUACCCACCGAGUGAACUACUAGAAGAAUUAGAGAGAGCAAUGGAGAUUGAGGCUUCCAUACCUCCUCCUCCUUUCUCUCCCCUCCCCUCUACCCCCUCACUCCCUCAGUCCUCUCUACCUUCGUCACCAAAUUCCUCUCUCUCCUCUCUCUCGUCCCACUCCUCCUCUGCACAUGCUCACUCCUCGUCUCCUGGUUCCCCGUCUCUCAUAGCACUCAUUAAUAUUCAGAGACUGAUACACCAGGAGCUACAUGAGCAGCAUUACGAGACUUUCCUAUACAGCGAAGACUUUAAAGAGUUCAUGGAAGGAGAGACAGAGAGCGAAGACAAAGUACUGGCCCUAAGUUUCUCAGGUAUAAGUGGAUCCGCAUUGGAUGAUAACGUCUAUCAAAAGAGACUCACGGCUUUAAAAAGAAAAUUAUCCGACAAGGACUCUGUCAUUGCUUCGUAUAAAGCUGAGACUAGUGCAGUGAAGGAAAACACAGCUACUGCUCGUGUGAAGAGACUAGAAAAAGGACGGACAGAGAUUCAGGAAGAAAUCAAACAAUUACAGAGAUACAUUGAACACACUGAGGAGUGGUUCGGUACGCAAGGGAAGUGGAAUGUUGAGAUUUCUAAUGUUGAUCUUGCCGAGGAUGUAGGGAACGAUAAGGACCCACUGAUGAUUCUGGUUGUCCAUAGACCACCUGUUAAUAGGAAAGCAAUGUCUAGAAAUACUUUUACUAGUUUCUCUCCGUUUGUCAAUGACAGUUUAUGCAGUAGUGAGAGCAUUGAAGAAGACAUGGACAGUGGAGUGAUAGCUCUCAGUACUCACGAGAACCCUGAGGUCCCUAAAUCUGCCGGGUGGGUACUUGGACGAAGACUGAGCGAGUUUCAAGAGCUUCACACUAAAAUCCGGCCAAUCUGCCCCGACCUUAUCUUCCCUCCUCUUCCGAGAAAGAGUUUCAUACCAUUCCUGAAACGCGAAGACCAGCAGUACUGGGAUAAAUAUAAGCAUGCUCUUCAAAUCUACGUGAACACAGUCUUACACAAUCAGUUUCUCAUUGAGAGCCAGGAGGUUUUUAAUUUCCUUAGCCCGGCCUCGGCUGACCUCCAUAAAGACGAGAAACCCUCACGGCUAUUACUCCGUGAGACAAAAGAAGAGUCGAUCCUUGAUUCGGUAUCCUCGCUCAUCAGCGAAGUAUUUGAGCUCCAAGGAAAGAGUCGGAUACUUCGGAAGCAGUUAUACGACUUGGCACAGCUUACAUUCGGCCGUGGGUUAGAAGGAGAGCUUCAAGACCUCAUGAAGUGGCUGGUCUCAGAGCCAAUGCUAGUGUAUUACAUAGAGACAUUUCAGGAGUCGAUGUGGCCAGGGGGAGAGAUUGGGGAGGCACCUCAAGACAGGAGCGACGCAGAAAAGGAACUAACGAAAGAAGAAGCUAAACAGCAUUUCAUGAAAUGCAUACCACUCACACUGCAAACCGUCCUUGGACAGAGGAACUGUAAUUUGGGUUUCCUCAAAAUGUUUACGGCUUUUCAGGAUCGGAACGCAAACAAGCAAUUGUUUUAUUCUUGUUUUGAGCUCCUUAUGUAUGCUGUUAUUCCUGAACUGGAAACUGUUGAAGUGGUGGAUCACGGUAGCGUUCACUAAUCAUUUGUAUUGUGUGUUUAAUAUUCAAAUUUACAACAAAUAUUGCUUUUUAAGAAGUA